GGAUCAUAAAGUUGAAUUCCAAUGAACAGAGAGAGGUUUCCUUUUUUCAAAGAAACAGUUGGGAUUGCAUUAACUGUAUGUCCCAACACGCUAAUUUAUAGAUGAGAAGAUGAGCAAAAUUUAAGAUCGACCAACCGUACUGUUAAUUUCCAUGCCUAUAUAAUCCCACUCUCGCAUUCUCCUUGCUUCACAACUCAAACAAAGUCAUCGAUCGUCUUAACUAGUAUUGUAUCCACUUUGGCUAGUUAAGAUGAGUACUACUGCUACUUCUAGUUUUAGGCUUCUUCUUCUUGUGCUUUUUGGUGCUUUCAUUUUCACCACUGGUGCAAGCAGGAAGCUUGGAAGUGAUCAAAAAGGUUCCUUUGGCGAUGAGAAAAAUUUAUAUCACCACCCACGUCUUGGAGGAGGCGGUGGGGGUCUGGGUGGUGGAGGCGGUGGUGGGCUUGGAGGAGGAGGAGGGCUAGGCGGUGGUGGCGGAGCUGGUGCCGGAGGAGGAGCUGGCUUCGGAGGUGGUGCUGGAGCGGGAGCUGGUGGGGGUCUUGGUGGAGGCGGUGGGGGAGGCUUUGGUGGUGGAGGUGGCGGAGGAGUGGGCGGUGGAUCUGGUUUUGGAGGAGGAGCUGGUGGAGGCUUUGGAGCUGGCGGUGGUGCUGGUGGUGGAGCUGGAGGCGGUGGCGGAGGAGGGUUCGGAGGUGGUGGCGGUGGAGGACUUGGGGGCGGAGCAGGAGGAGGCUUCGGUGGAGGAGCUGGUGCCGGUGGUGGGUUUGGAGGUGGAUUGCCUUGAAGACGUGCAUGAAUGAUGAUAUAGCUGCAUGCAUAUCAAAUCAAUCAAUAAUUGAUAAAUGUGAUUUAGUUUCUAUCAAAUUCUAUGUUACAAUUGAUCGAGUCUUUGUUGUGUCAACUGUAAGUGUCCGAUCUUGUUAUCGUUGCUUAAUUUGGUGACGAAUUAGUGUUUUCAUUUCUAUUAAUUUGUGCAUUAUGAUCUAUUAUAAUGAUUGAUGGAAGACAGCAAAUUGUUGAUCUUCAUAUUAAUGAUUA